AUGAGCGAUGCCGAGAUGGAAAUAUUCGGGGUGGCUGCCCCAUACCUCCGCAAAUCAGAGCGGGAGAGAAUCGCAGCCCAAAACAUGCCGUUUGAUGCCAAAACAGCCAUCUUUGUGCCUGACCCAAAGCAGGAGUAUGUGAAGGGGAAAAUCAGGAGCCAAGAUGGCCCCAAGGUCACCGUGGAGACUGAGGAUGGAAAGAUUGUCGUAGUUCACCUGGAUGACACUCGCCCCAUGAACCCUCCAAAGUUUGACAAGCUGGAGGACAUGGCAAUGCUGACACAUCUGCAUGAACCAGCUGUGCUCUUUAACCUCAAGGAGCGCUACGCCACCUGGAUGAUCUACACCUACUCUGGGCUCUUCUGCGUGACUGUGAACCCCUAUAAGUGGCUACCAGUCUACAACCCAGAGGUGGUGGCUGGAUACCGUGGGAAGAAACGGCAAGAGGCCCCCCCACACAUCUUCGCCAUCUCUGACAGUGCUUACCAGUACAUGCUCACAGAUCGAGAGAACCAGUCUAUUCUGAUCACUGGAGAAUCUGGUGCCGGGAAGACCGUCAACACAAAACGAGUCAUCCAGUAUUUUGCAACAAUUGCAUCAAUGGGAGACUUGAGCAAGAAAGAGCAACUUUCCGGCAAAAUGAAGGGGAAUCUGGAGGAUCAAAUCAUCCAGGCUAACCCUCUGCUGGAAGCUUUUGGGAACGCCAAGACUGUGAGGAACGACAACUCCUCUCGCUUUGGGAAAUUCAUCCGCAUCCACUUUGGAACAAAGGGGAAGUUGGCAUCAGCUGAUAUUGAAACAUACCUUUUGGAAAAAUCCAGAGUGACCUUUCAGCUGCCGGCAGAGAGGAGUUAUCACAUCUUCUAUCAGAUCUUGUCAAACAAGAAGCCUGAUUUGAUUGAGAUGAUGCUAAUAACCACCAACCCAUACGACUACCCUUUCAUCAGCCAGGGAGAAAUCACUGUGCUGAGCAUCAACGAUCCCGAGGAGCUGAUGGCCACUGAUAGUGCCAUUGACAUCCUGGGGUUUAACACAGAGGAAAAGGUCGGCAUCUACAAGCUGACUGGCGCUGUGAUGCAUUAUGGGAACAUGAAGUUCAAGCAGAAGCAGCGGGAGGAGCAGGCGGAGCCCGAUGGCACCGAGGUGGCAGACAAAGUGGCCUACCUCAUGGGUCUGAACUCUGCUGAUUUGCUGAAGGCUCUGUGUUACCCCCGAGUGAAGGUCGGGAAUGAGUAUGUCACCAAAGGUCAGACUCCUCAGCAGGUGAACAAUGCCAUGGGCGCCCUGUCUAAGGCUGUGUAUGAGAAGCUGUUCCUGUGGAUGGUCACACGUAUCAAUCAGCAGCUUGACACCAAACUUCCAAGACAGCAUUUCAUUGGUGUCCUGGAUAUCGCAGGAUUUGAGAUUUUCGAGAUGAACAGCCUGGAGCAGCUGUGUAUCAACUUUACAAACGAGAAGCUGCAACAGUUUUUUAACCAUCACAUGUUUGUGUUGGAGCAAGAGGAAUACAAGAAUGAAGGGAUUGCGUGGGAGUUCAUAGACUUUGGCAUGGAUUUGGCAGCCUGCAUUGAGCUUAUUGAAAAGCCGAUGGGUAUUUUCUCUAUUCUGGAAGAGGAGUGCAUGUUUCCAAAGGCAACAGACAGCUCCUUCAAGAACAAGCUGUACGACCAACACUUGGGGAAGAACAGCAUCUUUCAGAAGCCCAAGCCCUCCAAAGGAAAAGCCGAAGCUCACUUCUCACUGAUGCAUUAUGCCGGCACUGUCGACUACAACCUCAGCGGCUGGCUGGAGAAAAAUAAAGACCCACUUAAUGACACUGUGGUGCAGCUUUAUCAGAAAGCGUCCCUGAAGCUGCUCUGUCAGCUGUUUGCCACAUAUUCCACUGCUGAAGCUGAUGGAACUAAGAGAAGUACCAAGAAAAAGGGUUCCUCCUUCCAGACGGUUUCUGCACUUUUCAGGGAAAACCUGAAUAAACUGAUGGCCAACCUCCGGUCCACACAUCCACACUUUGUAAGAUGUAUUAUCCCCAAUGAAACCAAGACCCCAGGCUCCAUGGAUCACCAUCUUGUCCUUCACCAGCUGCGCUGUAACGGUGUGCUGGAAGGUAUCAGGAUUUGCAGAAAGGGAUUCCCCAGCAGGAUCCUCUACGGAGAUUUCAGGCAGAGAUACAGGAUUCUGAAUGCCAGUGCAAUCCCUGAGGGUCAGUUUAUUGACAGCAAGAAAGCUUCAGAGAAACUGCUCUCCUCCAUUGAUGUGGAUCAUGCCCAGUAUAGAUUUGGAUACACAAAGGUGUUUUUCAAAGCCGGCCUGUUGGGUCUCCUGGAGGAGAUGAGGGAUGAACGACUGGCGGUGCUGAUGACUCGGAUCCAGGCUGUGUCCAGAGGUUAUGUCACCAGGCUCAGGCUCAAGGAGAUGAUGAAGAAAAGAGAGUCAAUUUUCAUCAUCCAGUACAACAUCCGCUCCUUCAUGAAUGUUAAGAACUGGCCUUGGAUGAGGCUCUUCUUCAAGAUUAAGCCUCUGUUACGGAGUGCCGAGGCCGAGAAGGAGAUGCAGAACAUGAAAGAGGAGUUUGCUCGACUCAAAGAGGAGUUGGCAAAGUCGGAGGCCAGGAGGAAGGAGGUGGAGGAGAGAAUGGUGAUGCUCGUCCAGGAAAAGAAUGACCUCUACCUUCAAAUCCAAGCAGAGAGGGAGAACCUGUGCGAUGCCGAGGAGAGGUGUGAAGGCCUGAUAAAAAGCAAGAUCCACCUGGAGGCCAAAGUCAAAGAGUUCUCAGAGAGGAUGGAGGAAGAGGAGGAGAUCAAUGCCGAAAUCACCGCAAAGAAGAGGAAGCUGGAGGACGAAUGUACGGAGCUCAAAAGAGACAUCGAUGACCUCGAACUCACCAUCGCCAAAGUGGAGAAGGAGAAAUAUGCCACAGAAAAUAAGGUUAAGAACUUGGUUGAGGAGCUCACUACUCUUGAGGAAAAAUUGCUGAAGUCCUCCAAGGAGAUCAGAGCUUUGCAGGAAGUGCACCAGCAGACCUUAGAUGACCUCCAGGCUGAGGAGGAUAAAGUGAACUCUCUAAUGAAGAUCAAAAUCAAGCUGGAGCAACAGGUUGAUGAUCUGGAGGGCUCACUGGAGCAGGAGAAGAAGGUCCAUGCAGACUUGGAGAGAUCCAAAAGAAAACUGGAGGGGGAUCUGAAGCUGUCCCAGGAAACCAUCAUGGACCUGGAGAAUGAAAGACAGCAAAUGGAGGAGAGACUGAAAAAAAAGGACUUUGAAAUCAGCAGCCUGCAGUGCAAAAUUGAAGAUGAGCAAGUCCUAAAUAGUCAACUGCAAAAGAAGAUCAAAGAGCUUCAGGGUCGCACUGAAGAGCUAGAAGAGGGAAUCGAGGCUGAGCGCUCGGCUCGAGCCAAAGUGGAGAAGCAGAGGUGUGAUUUGUCCAGAGAGCUGGAUGAGAUCAGCGAGAAGCUGGAGGAGGCCGGAGGAGCCACCGCUGCUCAGGCCGAGCUGAACAAGAAGCGUGAGGCUGAGUUUCAGAGGCUGCGUCGAGACCUGGAAGAGUCCACCCUGCAGCACGAAUCCAUCGCCGCCACUCUACGCAAGAAACAGGCUGACAGUGUCGCCGAGCUCAGCGAUCAGAUAGACAACCUUCAGAGAGUCAAACAGAAACUGGAAAAAGAGAAAAGUGAGCUGAAGAUGGAAGUCGAUGACAUGGCCAGCAACACGGAGUGUGUUCUGAAAAGCAAGGCUAAUCUGGAGAAAAUGUUCAGGAGCCUUGAGGACCAAAUGAAUGAAUAUAAAACCAAAGCAGAUGAAGCCCAGAGGUCUCUGAGUGAUUACACUACACUCUGUGCUCGUCAACAAACAGAAAAUGGUGAGCUGACACGUCUGCUGGAGGAGAAAGAGAUCACCCUGUCCCAGCUGAGCAGAGUCAAAAUUGUGGGGAGUCAACAAAUUGAAGAGUUGAAGAGACUUUUGGACGAAGAAAUGAAGGCAAAAAAUGCCCUGGCUCACAGUUUGCAGUCAUCUCGUCACGACUGUGAGCUGCUGAGAGAGCAGUACGAGGAGGAGCAGGAGGCCAAAGCUGAACUGCAGCGCUGCCUGUCCAAAGCCAACAGCGAGGUGGCUCAGUGGAGAACAAAAUAUGAGACAGAUGCCAUCCAACGCACCGAGGAGCUUGAGGAGGCGAAGAAGAGGCUGGCCCAGCGGCUGCAGGAGUCUGAGGAAAUGACAGAAGCAGCGAAUGUCAAAUGUGCAUCUCUGGAGAAAACCAAGCAGAGGCUGCAGGCGGAGGUGGAGGAUCUCAUGGUUGAGCUGGAAAGGUCAAACGCAGCCAAUGCCACCUUGGACAAGAAACAGAGGAACUUUGAUAAGAUCCUGGCUGAAUGGAAACAGAAAUAUGAGGAGAGUCAGUCAGACCUGGAAGUUUCCCAAAGAGAGGCUAGAGUGCUCAGUACAGAACUCUUCAAGAUGAAAAACUCUUACGAAGAGGCUCUGGAUCAUCUGGAGACCAUGAAAAGAGAGAACAAAAACCUUCAGCAGGAAAUUACAGAAAUCACAGAUCAAAUUGGACAAUCUGCAAAAACUAUCCAUGAGCUGGAGAAAGCUGCAAAGCAAGCUGAGCAGGAGAAGCGAGACAUCCAGGCGGCUCUUGAGGAAGUUGAGUCUUCCCUGGAACACGAGGAGGCCAAAAUCCUGCACCUGCAACUGGAGCUGAAUCAGAUCAGGGCAGAAGUAGACAGAAGGGUGGCGGAGAAAGACGAAGAAAUCGACCAGCUCAAGAGGAACUACCAGAGAACUGUGGACACUCUACAGAACACACUGGAUGCCGAGACACGUAGCAGGAACGAUGCCGUCCGGAUGAAGAAGAAGAUGGAGGGAGAUCUGAAUGAGAUGGAGAUCCAGCUGGGUCAUGCUAACCGCCAAGCAGUCGAGGCCACCAAACAAACGAGGAACCUUCAGGCUCAGUUAAAGGAUGCCCAGGUUCAUCUGGAUGAAGCGCUGCACUGUCAGGAGGACUUUAGGGAACAACUAGCUAUCACAGAGCGCCGCAACAACCUGAUGAUGGCUGAGAACGAGGAGAUCAAAGCGGCGCUGGAGCAAUCGGAGAGAGGCCGCAAGCUGGCCGAGCAGGAACUGAUCGAAGUCAGUGAGAGGAUUCAGCUGCUGCACUCUCAGAACUCCAGCCUUGUAAACACUAAAAAGAAGAUAGAGUCUGAUUUAAUUCAGCUGCAGUCAGAGAUGGAGGACACCGUCCAGGAGGCGAGGAAUGCAGAUGAGAAGGCCAAAAAAGCCAUCAUGGAUGCUGCCAUGAUGGCUGAGGAGCUGAAGAAAGAACAGGACACCAGCGCUCACCUGGAGAGGAUGAAGAAGAACCUGGAGGUGACAGUGAAAGACCUGCAGCAGCGUCUGGAUGAGGCCGAGCAGCUGGCUCUGAAGGGAGGGAAGAAAGAGCUUCAGAAACUGGAAGCCAGGGUCCGUGAGCUGGAAAAUGAAUUAGAAUCAGAACAGAAACGCAGCGGGGAGGCCAUGAAAGGUGUGCGGAAAUAUGAGAGGAAAAUUAAAGAGCUCACUUAUCAGAGUGAGGAGGAAAAGAAGAGCGUGGCACGACUUCAGGAUUUGGUCGAUAAACUGCAACUGAAAGUGAAAGCCUAUAAGCGGCAGUGUGAGGAGGCGGAGGAACAAACCAGCAUCCAUUUGGCUAAAGCUCGGAAGGUGCAACACGAACUGGAGGAAGCUGAGGAACGAGCUGAUAUGGCAGAAUCCCAGUUGAAUAAAUUACGAGCAAAGAGCCGCGAUAUUGUUGGUAAAGGGGAAUAGAAGUCUACGCUGUAUCAGCUUUGUGACAGUGCAUUUUCCAGACAGUCCAAUAGGUUUUAAAAUGGUUUAUUUAGCUUUAGAAGAAGAAUUUUUCACAACCUACAGUAUAAAGGAACACUACAAUUUAUCCCAAAAACUCAAAUCACCAAAUUUGGAGAUGCAUGUUUUUCUUUGGACAGUAAGCUGUGGCUUUUAGUUUCAGCAUUAUUUGAUCACUGGGCGACAGUUGUACAAAUCAUGGUAAAAAAAGUAAUAAACUCACCUUCCAGUAAGCGAAAAAUGUCAUAUAAGGUGAUGUGAUGAAUGACAUCAUAUUUAUUACAUUAAAGCUGUAAUCGGUAACUUUUAUAAAAACAACUUUUUAUCAUAUUUGCUGAAACUAUCAGUAUAUCCAGACAGUAGUGCAUGAGACAGAUAAUCUGUGAAAAAAUCAGGCCUGUGAAUGGUUUCGUUUUGGCUUGACUGUUUCCAACAUGGCAGCCGGGCCACAAACUCAUUCUCAUGUUACAUCUAAACCGUACACUAAAAUAUGUUUUUGAACACCUGAGGUGAGAAAUAGGCAAUACAGCAACUGAAUCUUGAUUAAAAUUUUAUCAGUGCUGCCUUUGAGAGUUUGACGCAGUUCAGGAGUAACGAUUGAUAUGAUUGACAGCUGCAUUAGAGACCCCUUGACUCUGAUUGAUCACUUUCGCUCAUGGGUGGUGGAUUCCAGCAAAUGCCAUUAGAGGCACUACAAGGAGGCAGAGUAACAUGAUUUUAUCUGUCUCAUGUACUUAUGUGUGAAUAAAGUGACAGUUUGAGCAAAUAUAACUAAAGUUGUUUUUAAAAAGUUGUGAACUACAGCUUUGAAAGGGCAGUUGCAUUAUGGGAAAUGAAGGAUCCAGGGUUUUAGAUGUUGGUCCCCACUAGGAACUAACAGUCUGCAUAUGUUGUUCUCUAGUUCUUCAAUUUUUUACAUUUUCUUUCUUUCUGUCUCUUGGGAAUGUCAUUAACUUUGCAGAUAUUUAGUCAUGAACCAAAGUAUUGGACAAAUUAAAACUUAAAUCUACUGGUGGCACUUGAAGUUAAGGGGUCACCAAAGUCAUUUGGAUUCAUCCUCUGAGGAACAUGAAUGUCUGCAACACGUUUCAUGACAAUCCAUCCAAUAGAUGUGAAGACAUUUUAUUCAAAUCCAAAAGUGUCAAUCUCAUUGUGGUGCUACAGGAAAAGUCAGAGUAUCACCAAAACCAGUAGGAAUCAUCCACUGGGGAACAUGAAUAUGUUAACAAAAUUUCAUGACAGUGCAUCCAAUAGUUGUUGAGAUAUCUCAGUCUUUACCAAAGUGGUGGACUGACUGACACACCAACUUUGCCACCAGCUUUAUCCCCGUCUAUGUCUAUGUAAAGGUCAUCUAGGGUUGAGUAAAGACUUGAGGCAGA